AUGGCCAGCCCGGCGCUGAAGACUCUCGCCACCCGACCACCGGAAGCCAAGGAGGAGAUACGCCUCCUCUGCUCCAGCGGCCGCCUCAGGGACGCUCUCCACGGCCGCUUCCGUGAGGUCCCUCUAGUUGGAACCCGGCCUCUUCUCGCAUGUCUUCCGGGCCACCGCGCCCUCCCGCUCCUCCGCCAGCUCCACGCCUUCGCCACCACAUCUGGCGCCGCCGCCGACCGCUUCAUCGCGAACCACCUCUUCCUCGCCUACGCCGACCUGGCUGACUUCACCACCGCGCGCAACCUGUUCGAGAGAAUUCCCAAGCGGAAUGUCAUGUCCUGGAACAUUCUCAUCGGGGGUUACAUUAAGAACGGUGAACUGGGAACCGCGCGGAAGCUGUUCAACGAAAUGCCCGCGAGGAACGUCGCAACGUGGAAUGCCAUGACCGCUGGACUCACCGACUCGGGACUAAACGAGGAGAGCUUGGGGUUCUUUGCAAUGCGAAGGGAGGGAAUGCAGCCUUUUGAGUUUGGCCUUGGGAGCGUCUUCCGGUGCUGUGCUGGGCUCAGAGAUAUUGUGUCCGGCCGUCGGAUCCAUGCGUACGUUGUUCGUUCUGGAGUGGACAGGGACAUGACGCAGAAUGGAGACUCAGAGGGGGCGCUCGAGUAUUUCUGCAUGAUGAGAGGUGCUGGGGUGGAAGCAAAUGCGGUCACAUUCGUGAGUGCCAUUAGUUCUUGCUCGGACUUGGCAGCUCUUGCACAAGGUCAGCAAGUUCAUGCACAAGCUAUCAAGGCUGGAGUCAACAAGGUUGUGCCGGUCAUGACUUCACUUGUGCAUAGUGCGAUGAUCUCAGCUUAUGGAUUCCACGGGCAUGGGCACAAAGCAGUUGAUUUGUUCAGACAAAUGAGGAAUGGAGGGGCAGAACCUAAUGAUGUUACUUUCUUGACCUUGCUAUAUGCAUGCAGCCAUAGUGGUCUGAAAGUCGAAGGCAUGGAUUGUUUUGAGCUUAUGACUAAGACUUAUGGACCACAGCCAAGUGUUAAACACUACACUUGUAUUGUGGAUCUUCUUGGACGUUCAGGUCUCCUAAAUGAAGUGGAGGCCCUCAUCCUGUCGAUGCCUGUGCGUCCUGAUGGGGUCAUAUGGAAGACAUUACUAUCUUCUUGUAAGAUCCAAAAGAAUUUUGACAUGGCCAACAGGAUAGCAGAACGUGUCAUUGAGUUGAGCCCUCAUGAUGCCGCAUCUUAUGUUCUUCUAUCAAAUAUUCGAGGUACCAGCAGCACAUGGGAGGAUGUCAGCGAGGUAAGAAAAAUCAUGAGGAAGCAGAAUGUGAGGAAAGAACCUGGAAUUAGCUGGGUGGAGCUUAAGGGUCAGGUGCACCAAUUCUGCACAGGAGAUAAAUCCCAUUCACGGCAAAUAGAGAUCGAUCAAUGCUUGGAAGAAAUGAUGGCCAAGAUUAGGCAAUGUGGGUAUGCACCAGACAUGAGCAUGGUAUUUCAUGACUUGGAAGAUGAGGAGAAAGAAGUUAGUUUGGCUCACACAGUGAGAAGUUGGCUAUAG